AUUAACAGCCAGAGAAGCCAGUCUUCACAUACACACGGCCAGUCAAGUCAGCAGGAAGGUCUGCUCCUCAAGGAAGGUGUCCUGUGCUGAGUCCACACAAUGCCCCGAGAAGACGUUCACUUCGGUUAUCCCCGGAAGGGACACAGCCACUUUCAUGUCACUGCUGAAGAGGCCGCAGGGAUCGGCAUCCUGAUUGUAGCCCUGGGGAUUGCGAUGCUUAUCAGCUGCUGGUAUUGUAGAAGACGAAGUGGAUACAGAACCUUGACGGACAAAAGGAAUCAUGCUGGUAUUCAAAAUACCUUGAGGGAAAGAUGCUCACGUGAGAGUCUUGAUCACUAUGACAGCCGACUGUCUUCUCAAGAAAAAAACCAUCAGCCUGUGGUUCCCAACGCUCCACCUGCCUAUGAGAAGCUCUCUUCAGAUCACUCGCCACCACCGUAUUCACCCUGAGAGCCCUGAACAUACUGAGAAUACUGAACAACUUUCCUCACACUUCUGCUUUAAGGCUGAGGAGACGCCCAUGUUUUGUUUUAGAAUGCUGCAGAAUGUACACCUCUACUAACAGGCCAGUGCAGAGGAGUGGUGAGGAAUGGUGAGACUUAUUAACCUUGGCAAAGCUUCAAUAAACAUCUUAACGUCUA